GGAAGAAAAAAAAUUAAAUUAAUUGAAAAAAUAUUGUAAAUUUUAAAGAAAAUUCGAGAAAAGGAAAGAAGAAAAAAAAAAAAGAAUAGGAAAAGGCGUAGUCUCUUUUUUUCCAACAGCAGCCAACGAGAAAAAUCAAUUUUCUGGGAAAACAACACAAAAAUUAAAUUAACAAAAUGACAAUAAUUUAAUUAUUGUUUUAUAAAAAAAAAAUAAUAAUAAGAAAUCAGAAAGGAAGUAAGUAAAGGAUUUCUAUUAUGGAUAUGCUUAAACUCCCUGGUCUGGGCGUAACCCUGGCUAUAGUGCUUUUAGCAUUUUCUUUAUCUUCAGUAAAUGCAUCCGAAGAUGAAGAGCGUUUGGUACGUGACCUCUUUCGAGGCUACAAUAAACUCAUACGACCCGUACAAAAUAUGACACAAAAAGUUGGAGUAAGAUUUGGUUUGGCGUUCGUACAGCUAAUCAAUGUCAAUGAGAAAAAUCAAAUUAUGAAAUCAAACGUAUGGUUACGUUUGGUUUGGUAUGAUUAUCAAUUACAAUGGGAUGAAGCUGAUUAUGGCGGUAUCGGUGUGCUACGUCUGCCGCCCGAUAAGGUUUGGAAACCGGAUAUUGUUUUAUUCAAUAAUGCUGAUGGUAACUACGAAGUGCGUUAUAAAUCAAACGUUUUAAUUUAUCCUACCGGUGAGGUACUUUGGGUACCUCCGGCCAUUUAUCAAAGUUCUUGCACCAUUGAUGUCACCUACUUUCCCUUCGAUCAACAGACUUGUAUUAUGAAAUUUGGCUCGUGGACCUUUAACGGUGAUCAGGUGUCGUUGGCUUUGUAUAAUAAUAAGAAUUUUGUGGAUUUAUCGGAUUAUUGGAAAUCGGGUACUUGGGAUAUAAUAGAAGUACCCGCAUACUUAAAUGUCUAUGAGGGUGAUGGUAAUCAUCCUACGGAAACCGAUAUUACAUUUUACAUCAUUAUACGUAGAAAAACUCUCUUCUAUACGGUGAAUUUAAUUUUGCCCACUGUACUGAUUUCAUUCCUUUGUGUUUUGGUCUUUUAUUUGCCCGCAGAAGCUGGCGAAAAGGUUACUUUGGGUAUUAGCAUUUUACUGUCACUGGUUGUGUUCCUGUUGCUUGUGUCGAAAAUUCUACCGCCCACUUCCCUAGUGCUGCCACUCAUUGCCAAAUAUUUACUCUUUACCUUUAUCAUGAAUACCGUUUCAAUUUUAGUAACGGUUGUCAUUAUCAAUUGGAAUUUCCGAGGUCCACGCACUCACCGUAUGCCCAACUGGAUACGCAGAGCUUUUCUACAAUAUUUACCUGCCAUCUUGCUUAUGAAACGUCCACGCAAGACACGUCUUCGUUGGAUGAUGGAAAUGCCUGGCACUAGUGCUCAAACGUAUCCCACUUCAUAUGGCUCACCGGCUGAGAUGCCCAAGCAGAUAAGUGCCAUCGGCGGUAAACAAUCAAAAAUGGAAGUUAUGGAAUUGUCUGAUUUACAUCAUCCAAAUUGUAAAAUUAAUCGUAAAGUUAAUAGUGGUGCUGAGCUGGGUAUUGGUGAUCAUGGGCGCCGUGAGAGUGAGUCAUCAGAUUCGAUUUUAUUGUCGCCAGAGGCGAGUAAGGCCACCGAGGCGGUAGAGUUUAUAGCGGAGCAUUUACGUAAUGAAGAUUUGUAUAUACAAACCCGUGAAGAUUGGAAAUAUGUUGCUAUGGUUAUAGAUCGUUUACAAUUAUAUUUAUUCUUUAUUGUUACCACUGCCGGUACCAUUGGUAUUUUAAUGGAUGCCCCACACAUUUUCGAAUACGUGGAUCAAGAUCGUAUUAUUGAGAUUUAUAGAGGAAAAUAAAUUGGAUUUUUUAAAACAAAAUCAACAAAAACCAAGGAAAGAAAAAAAUGUUUUUAUAUUAAAUUAAGUAACAAAAACUCAAACAUUAAAGUUAAACAUUGCAAAUUGCAACAAUAAUAAUUAGAAAAAAGAAAAAAAUAAAAAAAUAUAAAAAAACUAGUUGAACAAAAAAAAAAAACCAAAUAAAAACUAUAUCACCACAACAAAUCAUCACUCCCCCCUCCAAAAAAAAUCAAAAUCCAUAAGAGAAAAUUUAAUGAAAAUGUUAUAUUUUUAAUUGAAAACCAAUAAGUAGUUUAAUUAAAAAAAACGUUUUGAAUUAUAAAAUAUUAAAGAUAAAACAGAUACAGAAUACAUAUAACAAUAAAAACAAUAAUUGUUUUAGAAAACCCUAAUUAAUAUUACAUUACUUUUUUUACUAGUAACAAAUUUUUAUAAGACAAAAAACAUAAUGCAAUGCAAAAAAAAUCAUUAAAAAAAAUCAAUUUUUUGCAGUUUUUAAACCAUAUUGAAGGCAAUUAAUCACUUCAUUAUAAGAUCAUGAUUCUUUUUUAAUUAAAAUGAUUUGUUUUUUCUGUGUUUCUCAUCGAACAAUUGUUAUUAAUUAUUUUAGUUUUUCUUUGUUAUGGUUUUAAAAUUAUAAUUAAGAAAUUCCCUUUUUAGAUUUUAAGAGCUUAUUAGCACAAAACGAAACAAAACAAAAUAAAAAUUUAACUAAAAUUGCUCAAAAUUUUCAAAAAUGACUAGAAACGAACGAAUGCGCAUAAUAAGUAGAAAAA